AUGAAGCUCGCUGACGGCCUCUUCCUCGAGACUUGUCGUCAAGUCGCCAAGGAAUACGAGCGCUCCGGAAUCAAUUUCAGUGACAUGAUUGUCAAAAAUGCCUCCAUGCAAUUCGUCGCUAAACCCCAACAGUUCGACGUCAUGGUCAUGCCCAACCUGUAUGGAGCUAUUGUUGCCAACAUUGGUGCGGCUCUUGUCCAAUGA